AUGGGCAAAGGAGAAGAUGAGGGGGAAGAAAAGCAGGAGGAUGAUUUGGAUGAUGGUGAUGAGAAAAUUGCUGUAGAUGAUGAUGAAGAUGGUGUUGAUGAGAAGGAGGAAGGGGAUAUGGAUGGGGAUAUUGUUGUUGUUGUUGUUGUUGUUGAUGCUGAUGCUGAUGAUGUGGUGGUGAUAGAGGAGGUG